UCCCCAUUCAUUCACUCUUUCAGUCUUUCGGCUUCACUGUUCAAGUUUUUCUCCAGUCACCCGAAUCCUCCGAAACUAAACCAGCUUCUGGACUUUUUUUCCCCCCUCUCAGCAGCUUUUGCUUUUACGCAGGAGAGGAGCAUGAGCUUUUCCGAGGGGUGACUUGAUUCCCUUUACAUUUAUAACAUCAGCCCGUAAAAAUGGCAAAACCUUUGGAUCACAUUAAGAGGCCCAUGAACGCCUUCAUGGUUUGGUCCAGAGGGCAGAGGAGGCGGAUGGCCCGGGAGAACCCCAAGAUGCACAACUCUGAAAUCAGCAAGCGGCUGGGCGCGGAGUGGAAGCGGCUCUCUGACCCGGAGAAGCGGCCGUACAUCGACGAGGCGAAGCGGCUGCGGGCUCAGCACAUGAAGGAGCAUCCGGACUACAAGUACCGACCCCGGCGCAAACCCCGGGGCCCCCUGAAGAGGGACCGUUUGGUUUUCCCGCUGCCGUCUUUGCUCGGCGAAGCAGCGGAACACCUGAAAGCGGUUAAUCUGGACUCUUUGAUCGUUUCCGGGGACAAACCCAGAACUCUGCUCUCCCCCUCCUCCUCCUCCCCCUCUUCGUUCUCGCUCUGUGAGCCUGUCACGCAGUUCAGCACCGGAGCUGUCCAGCGGAUUGCGGAGAUGCCGCACGCGCUGCCCUACGGCGCGCACGCCUUCGGCUACCAGGGCGGAGGGUUCGGGGGGCUGGCGAGCCCCGGACAGCACCCGACUCCGUCCAGCCCAGCCGGGUACGUGGUUCCCUGCAGCUGCAGCGCCUGGCCCGCAGCCUCCCUGCACCCUCAGGUGGCCUACAUCCUGCUUCCAGGAGGGAUGAGCAAGGGCGCCGUGGACUCAUCAUACGCCCCAAACAACUCCCCCAACAUGUGACAGACUGGAGAACAAAAAUAUGUCAAAUAUUCUUCUAGAGGAAGAAUCAACAAAUGUGGCUGGAAAGGUGUACAAAGGAGGAGUAAAAUCUUAUAACUCCAAGCUUUUGCAGAAACAAAAAUAAAACCAACUGAAGGUUUUAUUUAAUGUGUGCGAACAUAUCUUUUUUUUAUUACUUAAAAAUGCACUAAGACAAUGUAAUCACUUUCAUAAUGUUGCUUUAAAACCAAGAAGGGAAGAAAAACACUGUUCUGAACGACUUUCGUAAAUCUGACAUUUCUUUCUGUUUCUCACCUGAACGCGAUUCAUAUCACGGUAUGCUUCAGUGUUUUACGAGCCAAUAAAACAGACUAUACGUAUAUUUAGAUUAUAUCGGUGGAGCUGAAAAUCUAUGAAUCUGGUGCCAUUUAAAGAGAGCAGCGUUUAAAAUGAACUUUAGUCUAUUUAAAGAGAGGCUUCUCCAUGUAAUAGAACAACACAAAACAGUGUUCAACUGUGAAGAUGAAGAGGACCAUGAACAAUGUUCUCUAUUUAUACUAAUGAAAGUUAUGCAUUUGCGCACAUCUCCAAAAAAGUGCAGCCAAUUACGCAGUUUCCUCGCUAGUAAACAGAGUCUAUCGUGUGAUUCAUUCUCUGUAAAUAAAAUCCGGUCAUCUUUGGAAAAAUAAACCUGACCACACUCUGUGUAGAUAGAGCAUGUUUGUUUGGAGCUUAAAGAGAAUAAAACUAUAUACAUUCAAUACUCUGUGAUAAAGGUGCAACUAAUGA